CAGAGAUUGCUUGCUUGUGUGUGUGUGUGGAAAGAAGAUCGGGUACAGUGCCACGCUUUUGCAUGCUAGCGCAGGAAUUAAACUGCUAACCAACUCGGCAGUCGUGCUAAUGAAAAAGCGUGUUCCAAAUGCGCACUGCUAAUCUCGGUGGGAUAGCUGCAAUGCCUUUAGUGCAGAUAACACAGCUGCAGUUUUAAAACGCAGCUCGCUUUCACCGGCCUUUUAGGGGAUGGGAAUGAAGGCAUGUGUUAUCAAGAAAUGAUUUUGCUCAUUGAGUGCUUUGAAAAAACGCAUGUGUGUGUUUCUCUGCCGGUUUAAGAAGAAAUCGGACCGACUUUUCUGAUUUGAACUGACAAACAUGAGUUCAAAGAGGGCCUGGAGUGCUCUGUCCAGCGGCUGUGCUGCUAUGCCCGGCGAGAGCAGGUUUAAAGUGAGGCGAAGCAGCGGUUCGGACGCUGAGGAGGGAGGCGGUGCGCCGGGUCUUGCGUUUUUACAAACCCGUGCAGACAAAAAAGACUUGGGACCAGAACGUGCGGACUUGAAACUUUUCAAAGAAAAGUUUGACAGCAGUGCCGGGGCCAGCGGCGCUUCCCCUGGCGGUAGUACCACUCCUUCCAGCCUGGCCUCCGCUAUCGACCAAGCCGUGGAGACAGCCGUGCAGAUCGCCUUCUCCAAAAUGACCGCGUUUGUCGAGAGAAAAUGCAAAUGCGCCCUUUUGCAAAGCCGAAUGGACGACCGGGAGCGAGAACUGGAGAGCGUUCGGUUGAGGCUGGAAGUGGCGGAGAGCGAGUUGAAAACCAUACGGGGAUAUCUCAGCGAUGUGAUCGCUGAUAAUAUUAAGAACAGCGCUACUAAUAGCAGCCCUGGUGGCACGUACAGAAAACAAGCGACCACCACAGACGACCGCGCAAGAAAAUGCAAUGUGCGAAACUACCAAGGAAGGAGAGAGAAAGAAAGCGAGGACAAUCUGAAAUAUUUUGCAAGUGAGUCGGGUGUUGCUCAGUGUGUGCCAACAAAGAAAAAAGCGCACUGUGCAAUUAGUAACGCACCUGCCCCGUCCAUGCGAGCUGCUGUUGCUCCAGCCACAGGCCUGCAGGGUGUAACAACUCAACCUUCAGAACCGCAAACGAACCACGAAGUGUUCAGCACCGACCCAACUCCGCACUGGGACCAGCGCGCUGAGACGGGACAAGAGGGCUCGACUGGUACACAGCGUACAGACUUGGCGUCUCUGCACAUCAUUGAAGUCUCGGGGCUGGACGCUGUGCACAUCAAGGAAGAGGAGGAGGGGCUAGGGGGAUACCCAGAGUGUGAGGCUGUGUGCCUGGGGCAGGAGAGCAGCAGAGAGAGGGAGAGCACGCGGUCCACUCCUGCAGGUAUAACAGUGUUUCUGGACUCCCUCUGUGGCUUGGAGCUCGAUGCAGUGGAAGGCUUCCUCAAGCAGUCCCUGCAGUAUGUCACCCAGAGACAGACCCCCAUUCGGCCCGCCCAGUCCUGCCAGAGCUCCUGGACCAGCCGGCAGCAGCACCCGGGGUUCAUCGAGAUGAAGGCCCCCCUGAUGGCCGGCCGCUCAGAUCUCCUGGGAAGUGUGCUGGUGAACCCAGGCCAGCUGCGGGAGGCUGUGAAGAAGGCAGUUCAGUUCCACUCCAAGGAGGGGCAGCGCUACUUGCUCAACAAGCUGCUAGGGAUGGUCUUCAGCAAGGAGGAGCUGGCGCAGGCUGAGGGGGUCAAAGACUUCAGCAAGGCGCUGGACCCGCGCAAGCAGGAGGCCAUCAAAGAGUUCCUUCACGCCACGGCAGUGCAGUACGGCAUGGAGGAGCUGCUGCAGGGGGAGUACCGCAAGGUGGUUCAGAACAAGAUGGGCAACAGCCGCAGAGACCUGAAGAAACCCUACCUGAGCACAGCGGAGCGGAGCUGCACGAGAGACAGCGUCCCGGGAGAUUCUGCCUGAGAUCAGCGCUGCAGAGCAGCACCAGAGAGACUGCCUGAGAUCAACGCUGCAGAGCAGCACCAGAGAGACUGCCUGAACUCAACGCUGCAGAGCAGCACCAGAGAGACUGCCUGAGAUCAACGCUGCAGAGCAGCACCAGAGAGACUGCCUGAGAUCAGCGCUGCAGAGCAACACCAGAGAGACUGCCUGAGAUCAACGCUGCAGAGCAGCACCAGAGAGACUGCCUGAGAUCAACGCUGCAGAUCAACACCAGAGAGACUGCCUGAGAUCAACGCUGCAGAGCAGCACCAGAGAGACUGCCUGAGAUCAACGCUGCAGAGCAGCACCAGAGAGACUGCCUGAGCUCAACGCUGCAGAGCAGCACCAGAGAGACUGCCUGAGAUCAGCGCUGCAGAGCAACACCAGAGAGACUGCCUGAGAUCAACGCUGCAGAUCAAAACCAGAGAGACUGCCUGAGAUCAACGCUGCAGAGCAACACCAGAGAGACUGCCUGAGCUCAACGCUGCAGCCCUUGCAGAAGCACAUCAAACAGGGGUUUCCAAACUAGCAAGAACUGCCCAGUGAAACUGCUCAGUUUCCCUUACAUGAAAGGGAUCAUCGCUAACAGAGCGAAUCCAUUCCACGCCACGCACGUCCAUUCGCUACACACGUCUCAAAUGUAUUUUGAAAGAAAUCCUAUGUUUUUGCAAACCUGUAUUUACAUUUUAUAACAAACUUGGUUUUUCUCAGUUUGCUUCCUUUGCCUGCCAGGAAAUCUGUUACUGUUUUACUUCCUGGGUCAUUUCACCACCACAGCAGUGUCUUCUCGGUCAUGUUACUGGCUGAAAGCAUGUCAGUCAACAGGGGAAGCAGCUGAUUGGUUUAUUGAUGGGAAAGACGCCAUUGAAGGGGCGGGGAUAAUUUCACCCUCCAGAUGACCCAGCAAGUGCAGGACUAUAGUAUGGCUUGAGAACAGAUUUCCUGGAAGGCUAGGCAAGAAAACGGAGAACUAUCUGUUCCUGCUGUAGUAGCAGGUGUUUCAAAGAGAAAAUACAUGUGUGCUAAAACUUUCAAAUCUACGCAUUAGAGACCUAUAUAGGGAAUAGGAUUGAGAUUUUGUUGAAAUGGUUGUAUUUACCCAUAACUAUGCUAUAUAAAAAAACCUCACUUGAAUAAUAUGUAGAAAUGCUACAGUUCUUAAAUUGUAUUGACAGCUGUUUCAACCAUAAGUUUUUUUCUAAAAAUCCUCAAUAGUCAAAACAUUUGAUUUUGUAAGCUUUAGUAUUGUGAUUAUCUACCGGUGUUUUGUAUUUGUUUAUAAAU